AUGCCGGCCCUGAGGCCACUCCUGCUGCUGUUGCUGCUGGUUGGGCUGACUGCGGGGGCCAGCCUGCCGCCGGAGCCCGGGAGCCACCCGGGUGUGUGCCCCAACCAGCUCAGCCCCAACCUGUGGGUGGACGCCCAGAGCACCUGUGAGCGUGAGUGCGUCAGAGACCAGGACUGCGCUGCCACUGAGAAGUGCUGCACCAACGUGUGUGGGCUGCAGAGCUGCGUGGCAGCCCGCUUCCCUGACAGCGGCCUGGCCACACCCAAGCUGGCGGCCUCAUGUGAUGGCUUCGUGUGCCCACAGCAGGGCUCCGACUGUGACAUCUGGGAUGGGCAGCCUGUGUGCCGCUGCCGUGACCGCUGUGAGAAGGAGCCCAGCUUCACCUGCGCCUCGGACGGCCUCACCUACUACAACCGCUGCUACAUGGACGCCGAGGCCUGCCUGCGUGGCCUCCGCCUGCACGUCGUGCCCUGCAAGCACGUCCUCAGCAGGCCACCCAGCAGCCCCGGGCCCCCCGAGACCACCGCCCGCCCGACACCCGGGGAUGCCCUGGUGCCGCCUGCCCUCUACAGCAGCCCCUCCCCACAGGCAGUGUAUGUAGGGGGCACAGCCAGCCUCCACUGCGACGUCAGUGGCCGCCCGCCACCCGCCGUGACCUGGGAGAAGCAGAGUGACCAGCGGGAGAACCUGAUCAUGCGGCCAGACCAGAUGUAUGGCAACGUGGUGGUCACGAGCAUCGGGCAGCUGGUGCUUUACAAUGCCAGGCCGGAGGACGCCGGCCUAUACACGUGCACCGCACGCAAUGCUGCUGGCCUGCUGCGGGCCGACUUCCCGCUCUCCGUGGUCCAGCGGGAGCCGGCCGAGGACGGGGCCCCAGUGGCCGCCGCCCCAGCCCAAUGCCUGCCCACCACGCAGGCCUGUGUCGGCACCCCCUCUGGCCAGGUCCUCUGGCACUUUGACCCGCAGCGGGGCGGCUGCAUGACCUUCCCAGUUGGCAGCUGUGCCGGGGGUGCCCAGGGCUUCGAGACCUAUGAGGCGUGCCAGCAGGCCUGCGCCCGUGGCCCCAGGGACGCCUGCGUGCUGCCGGCCGUGCAGGGCCCCUGCCAGGGCUGGGAGCCGCGCUGGGCCUAUAGUCCGCUGCUACAGCAGUGCCACCCCUUUGAGUACAGCGGCUGCGAGGGCAAUGGCAACAACUUCGAGACCCGCGAGAGCUGCGAGGACGCCUGCCCCGUACCGCGGACACCGGCCUGCCGGGCCUGCCGUCUCCGGAGCAAGCUGGCGCUCAGCCUGUGCCGCAGCGACUUCGCCAUCGUGGGGCGGCUCACGGAGGUGCUGGAGGAGCCCGAGGCGGGCGGCGGCGGCAUCGCUCGCGUGGCCCUGGACGACGUGCUCAAGGAUGACAAGAUGGGCCUCAGGCUCUUGGGCACCAAGUACCUGGAGGUGACGCUGAGCGGUAUGGACCGGGCCUGCCCCUGCCCCAACGUGACGGCUGGCGACAGCCCGCUGGUCAUCAUGGGCGAGGUGCGAGACGGCGUGGCCAUGCUGGACGCGGGCAGCUACGUCCGCGCGGCCAGCGAGAAGCGCGUCAAGAAGAUCUCGGAGCUGCUAGAGAGGAAGGCCUGCGAGCUGCUUAACCGCUUCCAAGACUAG